AUGGAUAUCAAUCAGCUCCUUGCCGGUGACAGCAUUGAUAAUCGCAGGCAACGUGUUUCCGUCAUUUGCGAACCUGUAAUUCUUCAAAUUCUACUCUUGGAGGAUCUCCCCAACCUCGCCAAUGCGAUAUUGAAGAGCGUCAACGCGAAAGGGCUCGACGAACUGCAAUUCAGUCUCCUUAGACUUGCCCUGGAGCGGUUGUCCACAGCGGGCGAGCACCUGCCGCCUCAACUUCUGAAGGACAUUCUAGUACAACUUCGGGGGCGCCUCCCUGACCACGAGCCGUUUAAUAGGGCCUUAGGGAAAUCCCUGCUUGACUUGCCAGAGCAGAACAUAGAUAUAGGCUCCAUCCCCCUUAAUCUGUCUGCGCUAGAUCCUGGAAAAGAACAUUCGGCAGCGAAGGUAGAUCUAGAGUGUGCGCUCAUUAGGAAGGUGGGUGCUAUGCGAGAGCUCGCUCUCUCAUCUUUAACCACCACUUCUGAUUUCACCAAGGCCAAGGAGAUCUCACCUUACUUAACGGCACUACUCGAGUCAUUUUCUAUGCCUGGAAAAGGUGCCGCUCAAUUCGAAUGGACAGUGAAGGUAAGCGCUGGGGCCCGAAACCAGCUUGAUAAGAUUUUUGCCCGAUUCCAAGUGGACCUUCAUAAGGAUUUCCUGUCCCUAGAGCAGAUUGAUCUUCUUCAACGAGCGGCGCCAUUGCUCCCAUCCCUAGAUAAAGAGAAAGCACUCCAGAAUGUAAUACAAGACAGCAGAGGUAUUAAUCUCGCGGUAGAGACUGUCGACCUUAUCGACUCUUUAAUGGACUCUCGAGAAACAGCAGAUAUUCGAAGUUGGGUUUUAGUAGCUAUUGACUUCCUAACUCGGAGAUUUUCGGAAGAUGAAUUACCGUCAGAGAAAGUCCUGAGGUUUGCAAAACGGUUAGGAGAAUUAUUCGCACAAGAAAGGAUUGACCUAUCAGCAUCGGUGCCACGAGCUGCUCUAAAUGCUGUUCUUGAGUCUGGCCUUCAAAAACUCAUUGACACCCCAGAGAUAGUCUAUUUCGUUUCGGUUGUGGUUUCACAGUUGGCCUCCAAGUCACUUGACGCUAGGAAGCUACUUCAAAUGGUGCUCGGACACAGCGGGAACCCUCUUUUGUUCCGCGGUGAUACCCCCGAUGAGAUCUCACACCAUAUGGCGUUCGUUAUCUAUCGCCUCUUUUCCGCUGCCAGAUUAUCUCAAUCUACUAUAACAACACUGGACGGAGUAUUGGGAUUAUAUCGCGGCACCAACGAUCUUAUAGACACCGCUUUACUAAACAUUAUAUGGAGUAUCGAAGCGCAUCUAGCCCAAAGUUGCGCCAACAGGAUUGCGGACUGGUCAAUUCUUGAGAGAGCAGGAGGAAAAUCGUUUAUUUCACGAGUCCGGGGUCGGCUUUUUGUCGCCGUGGAUUCUAAGAAACUUGCCAGGAGUGUCUUCCAAUACUCUCCUUGCAAGGCGACCGUGUCCGAUGUAGAUCUCAAAACACUUAAAUCGUUCAUGAGUGCUCGUGCUGAACAGAGGGAAAUCGAUUCCCGGACGUACAACCCCGAGUUCUUGCUUCCUGUUCUCACAUAUUGCCUAAUGUCAGACAAUGUUAUUAUUGAUGCCCAGGCCGCCGUUGAAAAACAUACCCUAGGUUUCGCUAUUAUGGGUCUUUGCUCUUAUCGUAAGAGUUCGAACAGCCAAGCGCGCAGCUAUAUUAAAACAGCUAUUGCAAAGUUAGAGGCUUCAGCAUAUCGGGAGAGAGCUCAAAUCUUGCAUCUCCUUUGCGCCAUCUUAGCCUCCUUUACAAUCUACGAAAAAUUGGAUGCUUCCCAACCCUUGCAUAUCCCGACAGUUGUUGGAGUUUUCCUUGCCCAAUUAGUCCAAGUCCUAUCUAACCCAAACCACUUCCUCUAUGAAAAAGUAAUGGAACUCCUACUUCGACAGCCAUUGUUGAAUUUGCACGAUGUCCCACACAUGAUAUCGCUCUCGAAUAUUGGCGAGGAGUACCACAAAGAAGUUUUUUGGAUCCUGAAUGUGCUGGAAGCAGGUCUAAAGACUGAAGAGGACCUCGAUCUAUACCGGAAACGGAAUGUGUUCGGCAAUUGCCUAAACGUCUACAAUUCUCCCUACACGAGUGAGAAGGAGAAGGAAAAGAUCAUCGAACUGCUCUGGAACGCUGCUGGGAUUGAGGGAGGUGGUACCACACUCAUCACUCGUAACGGAAUUAUUUCUUGGAUAGAGAACCAGUUGUCUAGGGUUCUCUCGGUAGAAAACAGAAUCUUGAUGAAAAGGCUCGGGGCAAGGUUGUUUGAGUCCGCUGCUAAGGAGCAUAUCAACGAAUGGAGUAAGGGUGAUAUUGAAUACCAUCUGCGUGAUGGUAUACUUAUAAAAUAA